AUGGCAGUGGAAGCAGAGGCCGCACUAAACACGCUCAAGAAGCUGGAGGCCAACAAGACGUGCGUCAACUGUGGCAACUACAACCGCUUCGGGCACCAGAAUAUCUGCGAAAAAGUGCGCACCUUCGUGUGCUCCAACUGCAAGAGCGCGCACCAGAGUUAUAGCAUGCGCGUCAAAAGCGUCAGUAUGAGCAACUGGACUAUGGACGAGGUGGACGCGUUGCGAGAGCAGAACGGCGGUGGUAACGCUGUGGCGGCGCGCGUCUGGCUCGGAUGCUGGGACGAGAGCCAGAUGCGCAAGCCCACUAAGGACGACCCGCUUGACUACUACAAGCAGUUCGUCAACCGCGUCUACAACGACAAGGCCUUCUAUGAUGAGGACGGCUUCAGCGGAGCGGCGGCCAGCAGCCCAGCGGCCACAAACAGCUCCUCGUCUAGGGUAAUGGCAGCAGCUCCCGUCUGCAAUCUGCUAGACUUUGACACCCCGGCUCAGAACAAAGCAACAAGCGGAGGUUUUGACGCCUUUGGAACGAGCAGCAGCAGCUCUGGUAAUGACGGAUGGGGCGACUUUGCGGCGGCGCCGGCUCCUGCGAGCUCGGAUGGAUUUGGUGCCUUUGCCUCCGCUCCAGCACCGACGAAGCCUGCUAACGAUGGCUUUGCAGACUUUAGUGCAGCUCCAGCGCCUGUGUCAGUAAGUAAUGACGGAUUCGGAGCGUUUGCGUCUACCCCGCCUGCACCAACGUCGCACUCGAACUCGUUCGACCCUUUCGCUUCUUCGGGAGGAAACGUGCUGACUCCGAACGCGCCGUCAGCUCCGUUUGACCCCUUUGCACCUGCACCUACGAGCCAGAGCCAGAAUCCGUCGGCAAAUAUCAUGAACCAGUUCAAUGCAGCGCCCGCGCCCAAGGACUUUAGCGCGUUCGACGGCUUGUCGGCACCUCCGCUAGCAUACGGAAUGCCUCAGCGCAAUAAUAACAGCAGUGGCUACGGUCAGGGUCGUGGUCCUGCUGGGAUGGGAAUGCAGGGCCAAGGCCAGCAGAUGCACUUGGGGAUGGGCAUGCAGCAACAGCAUGGAGGUUUCCAUCAGCAACAGCACUUCCAGCAACAUCAGCAGUCGAUGAUGGGCGGCCACGCCGGCAUGAAUAUUAGCACGCACUUCUCUGCCAACGGCGUCGCAGCAGGCGGCAACCCAGGCGCACGCUCCAACGGUAGAGACCCGUUCGCCGGCCUCGGACUGCCACAGAAGUAAACGAAGUAGUAAAACGCCUAAUAACAAGAUGCACGUACGAUUGAAGGACGUGCUAGUUGCACCGCA